AGGCUUGACCUUCUGCAACCCGAUCGCCGCAUGCAUGGCCAGCGCCGUGCCGGGGGCGCCCGCGAGCACCUCGUGACUUGGCAAGCCUCUUUGCAACGCCCUGGGACCCUCGGCAAUUGGGCCCGAGCCUCGGCGAGGAGGGGGCGUCCCGAUCGGGCACUUUUCCCCCCCAACCCCCACCCGCUCCACCGCCUGUUGUUCCGCCUUGCAAGUCCGCUUCCUUGCGCCUCCCCAGCCUGCAACAGCCACCGCCCCCUCCCCACGGCUGCGGGGCUCGCCUUGAGCUCGGUUGGGCGGAAUGUCCCGGUAUCCAGGGAAGAUGGCUGAGACUCGGUGGGACUCUGUGAAGAUGAUCCUCUUCAGCCAGAAAAGGGGCCUCACUUACCGCAUCCCCGCUCUGAUCUACUGGCCUGUAGAGAAUCUCUUCCUGGCCUUCGCGGAGGAGCGCUCCUCACCCCGGGACGAACACGCCAAGGGCUUGGUGAUGCGACGCGGAUACAAAGAGGGCCUCUCCGUUAAGUGGGGCCCUUCCAUGCGUUUGGAGACGGCCGGGAUGCCCAACCAUCGCACCAUGAACCCGUGCCCGGUUUACGACAAGAAGAACGGCGUCAUUUUCCUCUUCUUCAUCUGCGUCAAGGACGGCAUUUCGGAACAGCACCAGCUCCGGACGAGGAGAAGCGCCGUCCGACUGGGCUAUAUCUCCACCCACAAUGGCGGCCACACCUGGAGCUCAACGACAGACCUGACCGAGCAGGUGACGGGCGACGGCGAGGUAAAGAAAUGGGCGACCUUUGCCGUGGGACCAGGCCACGGGCUGCAGCUGAGUUCGGGGCGCCUGGUGAUCCCAGCUUACGCCUACUACGUCCACAAGGUGAGGCUUGGCUUCUCCUUCCCGUGGUGGACCCAACCUCAUUGCUUCAGCUUCUACAGCGAUGACGGGGGGCGAACCUGGGCUCGGGGCGAGCUCCUCAAAUCCUUGAAGACCACCGAGUGCCAGAUGGCCCAGGUGACCUGCCAGGACAACAGGCAGGUAUUAUAUUGCAACGCCCGAAGUUUGCACAAAUUCAGAGCCGAGGCCUACAGCGGAGAUAACGGAGGCCAGUUUCCAACUCAUGCGCUUAGCAAAAGGUUGUGCGAACUGCCCUUUGGGUGUCAAGGAAGCGUUGUGAGUUUCUUUCCCUCGGAUCCGGGCCCGAAGGAGGACCCCAACGGGUCAACAUUGCGGGCGGGCGAGUCUCCAUCCUCUGCGUCGCCCGAGCGUCCCAGUUCGUGGUUGAUGUUCUCCCAUCCCACCAGCAGGAAGAAGCGGAGGGAUCUGGGGAUCUACCUGAACCCUUCCCCACUGGAUCAGAGCAGGUGGACGUCCCCUUGGGUCUUAAAUCAAGGACCCAGCGGGUACUCGGAUCUGGCUGUUUGCGAAGACGGGGAGCCACUGGCUUUCGGUUGCUUGUUUGAGUGUGGAGAGUCCAAGGAAUACGAGGACAUCGCAUUUCGCCUCUUCUCCCACGAGGAGCUCCUGAGAAACGUGAAAAUGUGACGGACACACAGUCUGAGGCCUCAAUAUAAUACAAUACAAUAGCAGAGUUGGAAGGGACCUUGGAGGUCUUCUAGUCCAACCCCCGCCUAGGGAG